AUGAAGUCGGCGUCCCUCCCCCUCGCGGCCGCCCUGCUGCUGACCGCCGCGACCACCGCCAUCGCCGCCGCCGGCAAGCCGCCCGUCCCCCAGGCCAAGACGACCAUGGCCGACAACUUCCCGUGGCGCGACCCGUUCGCAGCGACGGCGGACGGCUCCUCCGCCUACGCGGCCGUAUGCGAGGCGUCGGCGACGUUCCCGGCGGCGCAGUACACCCUCCACGACCUCUUCGACAAGCCGCCGACGGGCCUCUUCAACUACGCCGACGGCCUCAAGGCCUUCUUCUCCGGCCGCGAGUACCCCGGCGGCUGGGCCGGCCUCGACCGCCACAUGUACGACCGCAACGUGCUCCUGAUGGAGUACGCCGACGUGCCGCCCCGCGCGCGCGCCUGGAUCGAGGCGCAGGAGCGGCGCGACGGCGACGGCAAGGGCCUCUUUGCCGUCUUCGACAAGCCCGCGUCCGCCGAGGACAAGGUGAUGGAGCGCGUCGUCGUGCCCCCUGAGGGCGAGGGCGACGUCGACCGCGCGCUCGACGGGGCCAGGGUCGCCAUCUUCGCCCCCGGCGCGCUGUACCACGUCCUCCCGCUGUUCGUCGCCGACGGCAGCGAAUGCGAAGAUGCCCUCACCGACCUGGGCAACUACAAGGCCGUCCCCGAGGACGGCGCCGUCGUGGCCUGGCCCGUCAGCCACUCCAGGCCCGAUGUGGACAACCACAAGAGGGACAUCAAGUUCACCGUCAAGGCCCAGGUCCUGAAGCGCAAAGAGGGCGGGGCCGUCGAGGAGGAGGAGAAGCCGGCGCCCUCGGAGCCGGUCCGGGAUGAGCUGUAA